CAAAAGUAUAAAAUAAGGUUUACACGAGGGUAACCUUUCACUAAAAUAGUAUUUGGAGUGGGUUAUAGGAAAUAGUAUAAAGUAGUCGAAUAAAAAAGUUCAAUGAAAAUCAAAUAAAGGGAGAAAAAUAGAAAAAGACAAGAAAUAAAAAAACAUCGGAGAGGGAUUCUUCCUUGUGUUCUUCGUCUCCACCAUUUUAUCUUCUUACAAGCUUCCCCAGAGACAACUUACCCGUGAUUCCCCAGACGCGCCGGUUUGCAUUUCAUCCUCUGGAUUCUUAGUGUUUUCAAAGUACAGCAAUGAGUAAAGUCAACAGCGAGGAGCCUUCUAGUAGCCGUAAAUUAUUGAAGGAGGUGGAGACAUUAAGUGAAUCUCUCUAUGUGAACAAGAACCCCAGGAGAUCAGUGGUUGGUCCUAACAACAGUUCAACCAAACCCUCGGGUCGUACAAACUUGGCUGAGCCUCAGAAAGAAAAGAAAUCCAUUUGGAACUGGCCUCUCAGAGCCCUCUCUCACGUCCGUAACCGCCGGUUUAAUUGUUGUUUCUCUGCUCAAAUCCAUUCAAUAGACGGGUUACCCUCAACAUUCCAGGAUCUUUACCUCACUGUUCACUGGAAACGCCGUGAUGAAUCAUUAAGCACUCGUCCUGCAAAAGUUUUGAACGGAAAAGCUGAGUUUAAGGACAAGCUGACACAUACGUGCUCAGUUUACGGAAGCCGAAGUGGACAGCAUCACUCAGCUAAAUAUGAAGCUAAGCAUUUCUUGUUGUAUGCGGCUCUGGUUGGGUCUCCUGAUGUUGAUUUGGGUAAACAUAGGAUGGAUCUUACUACUUUGCUUCCUCUAACACUUGAGGAGUUGCAAGAUGAGAAGAGCUCGGGUAAGUGGUCAACAACGUUUCAGUUGACUGGAAAGGCUAGUGGUGCUACUCUGAGCAUUAGUUUUGGGUACACUGUUGUUGGGGAUACUCGCAGUGCUUCAAAUGCAAAGCAAGCUAGCAGUAACACAGCGUUGACAAAAGCUAGUAGUGUAAAGUCAAGUUUAGGUAAUGGCAAGUCGGUAUCUAAGCGUUAUGAUCAUGGCAUUGUUAACAAAGACUCUCGUCCUCUGUCGAAGAAUGUGGUGGAAGUCAAAGAUCUUCAUGAAGUUCUUCCCGUUGUACAGUCUGACCUAGUCAGUUCUGUAAACGCUCUGUAUAAAAAAUUUGAUGAGGAGAAGGUGGAUGCAGCAGCUGAGUCCCAGUUUGAAUCUGAGGUUGUCAUUAAAAACAUUGAACCUGAUGAGUCAAUUUCUUAUGAAAACGAAGAUGCAAAUGCACAUCAAGUUGAGGAGCGUGUGGCAAACAUGAAUGAAAGCGAGGUUCUUUUAGAGGAUGUAAAGAAAGUUGACGAAGUUCUUACUACUGAAAGUGAGAAAGUUGAUGCUGAAAAUUUGUCUCCAGAAGAGUCUUUGGUGAACAGGAAUGGAAGUGAUCUUCCUUUAGAAGAUGUAAAGGAAGCUAACAAAGUUCUUACUACCGGAAGUGAGGAAGUUAGUACUGAAAAUUUGCCUCCAGAAGAACCUUUGGUAAACAAGAAGGAAACUGAUGUCUCUUUUGAGGAACCGAAGAUAGCUGCAGAAGUUCCUAUUACUAGAAGUGAGGAAGUUGGUGUAGAAAAUUUACCUUCAGAAGAGGGGAGCAAUGUUUCUCCGAAGGAAGAUGAAGGUAUUGUUUCUGGUGAUGAUGAAGACAUAAUGAACUGUGGGAGAGACGUGAGAGAAAUGAUAAUGAAAGAUCUUGAAUUAGCUUUGGAAAGUGUAGAAAUGUUGGAAGCAACGGCGUCAGAAGACGAGGAAGAACAAGAAAACCAUGAAGCCUCCACACCAAAUAAGGAAGCAGCAUCAACAAGUUCGAUAGAUGUGGCUGAUUCUGUGGCAAACGAGUUCUUAGACAUGCUAGGUAUUGAACACAGCCCUUUUGGUUUAACUUCUGAGAGUGAACCUGAGUCUCCAAGGGAGCGUCUAUUGAGAGAGUUUGAAAUGGAAACUCUAGCGGCCAGUUCUUUGUUUGAUUUUAGUAUUGAAGCUGAUGAUGAUCCUCAAAUGGAAGGUGAUGAAAACUAUGAAUCAGAUUUUGAAGAAGGUUUUGAUCUGGCUUCCCUCGUUCAUGACAUAGAAGAAGAGUACCAAAUAGAAACUCAAGCAAGAGUCAGCAGCAACCCCAGGGCCAAAAUGUUGGAAGACUUGGAAACGGAGUCUCUGAUGCGUGAGUGGGGUAUGAAUGAAAACACAUUUCAGAACUCUCCGCCUCAUAAUGCGUUUCCUCCAGCUGAUUUCCCAGUAAAUGAGCCGUUUGAUUUGCCUCCUCUAGGAGAUGGUUUGGGUCCAGUUGUGCAGACAAAGAAUGGAGGGUUUGUACGUUCAAUGAAUCCCUUACUGUUCAGAAACUCUAAAGCAGGAGGUAGCUUGAUCAUGCAAGUGUCAAGUCCAGUGGUUGUGCCUGCUGAGAUGGGCUCUGGUAUCAUGGAGAUUCUUCAGAGACUAGCUAAUGCUGGAAUUGAGAAGCUCUCAAUGCAAGCUAAUAAAGUAAUGCCUUUGGAUGAUAUAACAGGGAAAACUAUGGAAGAAGUGUUGUGGGAUACUUCACCUGCAGUUGAUGGUGGCCAUAGGGAUCAUAUACCACAGCAUGAUACUGCAGCUAAGCCAAAAAAGUUUGGUUCAGGCUCUUGCAACAAUAACUUGAGCUCAGAGUAUGUAUCACUUGAAGAUCUUGCUCCUUUGGCUAUGGACCAGAUUGAAGCACUUUCUUUGGAAGGAUUGAGAAUACAGUCAGGAAUGUCAGACGAGGAUGCACCUUCGGACAUCACUGCAAAAUCUAUUGGAGAGAUGUCAGCCUUCCAGGGGCUGGAAGGAGCGGCUGGAUUACAACUUCUGAACAUAAAGGAAGACGGAGAUGGUGCUGAUGAUGAUGGAUUAAUGGGUCUCUCCUUGACUCUUGAUGAGUGGAUGAAGUUGGAUUCAGGUGACAUUGGCGACGAAGAGGAAAUAAAUGAGAAAACGUCAAAAAUAUUGGCUGCUCAUCAUGCAAACCCACUAAACUUUAUCCGUAAAGGAUCAAAAGGAGAGAAACGAAAAGGUAAAAAAGGAAGGAAGUGUGGUUUACUUGGGAAUAACUUCACAGUAGCACUAAUGGUGCAACUCAGAGAUCCCUUAAGAAACUAUGAACCUGUUGGAGCUCCUAUGCUUUCUCUUAUCCAAGUUGAGAGAUUGUUUGUCCCUCCAAAGCCUAUAAUCUACAGUACAGUUUCAGACCUGAGGAAAACCGAUGAAGAGGAAGAAGAAACCGAGGUCAAAGAGGAGAAAACCAUGUUGGAGGAACAAGGAAUCCCUCAGUACAAAAUCUCAGAGGUUCAUCUUACUGGUAUGAAGAGCGAGACAGAUAACAAGCCAUGGGGAAUCACGACACAGAAUCAGCAGGUGCAAUCUGGUUCAAGGUGGUUGAUGGCUAAUGGAAUGGGGAAAGGAAACACCAAGGUUCCUCUUAUGAAACCAAAGUCUGGUGAUAAGUUGUGGAGUGUGUCUGGUUCUGGUUCUAAAUGGAAAGAGCUUGGGAAAAUGGGAAAGUUGAGCGCACACAAACGAAACCCAAAUGUGAUUAUGCCGAAGUGA